AUGCCCCGAUCUCUUUCUGGUCGUGCUAUGGCUGCGCUCCUGUUAGUUGGUGGCUUCUUCUCAUCUUCCCCACCACUGCACAUCGAUAAGACGGAAACGAAGGAUCAAUUGUAUUCAUUGAAUCACAAGAUGACCAAAGAAGAACUGCAACAGGAGCGGUCAUAUUCAUCCAACAUGACCAAAGAAGAAUUGGAACAGGAACUCGAGGAGAUGUUUGUCGGACGAGAACCUUUGAGGAAGACCUUGAUAGACAUUUUCAUUUGGGCUCAAGACUUGCGCGAUCGACAAGAAAUAGACAAUUCAACAAUCCGUCGGACUCUCAUGCACACAGUCUUCAUUGGUAAUCCUGGAACUGGCAAAACGAUGGUCGCAAAAAAGCUGGGUGACAUCUUCAAAAGCUUUGGCCUUGCAAAGAGUGGCCGGGUCCCUGUCCUGCCCUCUUUUUUUUUGAGGGAGAGUGGGUGA